UGGUUGUUUGAGAACAUCCACAACAAGGUUGAAAUAUCAAACAAGCAAAUGCCUCCUCCAUCUGGAACAAUUGUCGGUUCAUCUAUGAAAAUACGCGUUCCUUCAACGAGGAAAUUCUUGUGCUAGCUAGCAGAUUUCUGCACUAGCAACUCGGAAAUUUAGAAAAUUCCUGAAACGAUAGCUAGAUGAUGAAUCUUUUCUAUGUCUAAAAUCUCAGGGCUGCUUGUUGUUAGCUGGCUAGCUAGCUAGCUAACGUUAGCUAACAAGAUAGCUGGGUAUGUAUUUUUGACUGGGCUAGCUACUAGCUGGCUGGCUAGCUAGCUAGCUGUUAAAUUUCCUAACAUGUGUUUGUCUCAAAAUUUAACCAGUUAUCGCUAACUAAUCAGAACUAUUAAGCUGCCUUACUACGGCUAAUCUCGAUACAUAUUGUUUUGCAAAUCCGUAACAAACCAAACAGUUUCAUCCGAGCUAGCUAGCCAGCUAGCCUCAAUAUAACACAAGAAUGAGCAGAAAACAACAUCAUCAUUUGAAAGGAGCCGAAGUAAGCUGCUGUGUAAAAUAUUUUUUAUUCGGAUUCAACAUUAUAUUUUGGUUGCUUGGAGCUGCCUUCCUGGGCAUUGGACUUUGGGCAUGGGCUGAGAAGGGAGUGCUGUCCAACAUCUCGUCCAUCACGGACCUGGGCGGCUUCGACCCGGUGUGGCUGUUUAUCGUGGUGGGAGCGGUGAUGUUCAUCCUGGGCUUCGCCGGCUGCAUCGGAGCACUGCGGGAAAACACCGUCCUGCUCAAGUUUUUCUCAGUAUUCCUGGGGCUCAUCUUCUUCUUGGAGUUGACGGCGGGCAUCCUGGCCUUCGUGUUCAAGGACUGGAUCAAAGACCAGCUCAACCUGUUCAUCAACAACAACGUCAAAGCCUACCGGGAUGACAUUGACCUGCAGAACCUCAUUGAUUUUGCCCAGGAAUACUGGUCGUGUUGCGGUGCUCACGGGCCCAACGACUGGAACCAGAACAUCUACUUUAACUGCACGGAGAUGAACCCCAGCCGCGAGCGCUGCGGAGUGCCCUUCUCCUGCUGCGUCAAAGACCCUGCCGAGGAUGUCCUCAACACACAGUGUGGUUAUGACGUGCGGCUUCAGGGGGACCUGGAUCAGCAGCGCUACAUCAACACCAAAGGCUGCGUGGGCCAGUUUGAGAAAUGGCUCCAGGACCACCUGAUUGUUGUGGCCGGAGUCUUUGUGGGCAUUGCACUGCUACAGAUCUUCGGCAUUUGCCUGGCACAGAACCUGGUGAGUGACAUCAAAGCGGUGAAAGCCAACUGGUGACAUGAGGUCUUGGAGGAGAGUUGAGAUGGGGAGAGAGCACCAUGGGGGGUGGAGGGGAGGG